AUGGCGUAUGCUGGACAUGAGGUUAUCAACUUCAACAUUGAAAGGGGGUUGUUCAGCAUUCAAACUGCACCACGGCCACCAAAUAAGGGUCAAAAUAUUCAAACAGUUGACAUAAAGGGACGUCGAUGUACAUAUGGGAAGUGGCAGAAUCUACACUGCCCUUGUUCUCACUUGUUAGCUGUCUGUGGUGCAAGAAGAUUGGGGUAUAGAAGCUAUAUUGACCCUUGUUUCACGGUACAGGAGCAUUAUGCGACAUAUGCGAUGGACUUCAUUCCCAUCCUCCAUGAACAAUAUUGGAAGGAUCUAAUAGCGCCAAAAUUGUACGGUAAUCGAAAUUUGCUUAGGCAGAAAGGAUGCCCUAAAAGUUCGAGACUGCGUAACGAAAUGGAUGUACGAGAGGGUAGUCGGAGGAUGCGGUGCGGGUUUUGCCACGAAGAGGCUCACAACCACAAUCGAUGUCCAAGGAGGACUGGAGGUCAUGACAAUGCUGGACCAUGA